AUGGCUGCCGAAGACGCACCUUCACUCUCACCUGCACAGGCCGAGCAGCAACUCAGCGACGACGUUCGCGUCCUGGGCUACGACCCUCUCAUCCCACCCCAACUCCUCACCUCCGAACUGCCCCCACCACCCAACUCCCUCCCCACCGUCCUCAAAGGCCGCCGCGAUGCCGUCGAGAUCAUCAAACAGCGCGACGACCGUCUCCUCGUCAUGGUCGGCCCUUGCUCGCUGCACGACCCCGAGACCGCCGUCGAGUACUGCUCCCGCCUCGUCAAGCUCGCCGACAAGCUGAAGUCCGAUCUUUGCAUUAUUAUGCGCGCCUACCUCGAGAAGCCACGGACGACGGUUGGAUGGAAGGGUCUGAUCAACGAUCCGGAUAUCGACGAGAGCUACAAGAUCAACAAGGGCCUGCGUGUCAGCAGGAAACUCUUCUGCGACUUGACGAGCCAAGGAAUGCCCAUUGCGAGUGAGAUGCUAGAUACUAUCUCUCCUCAGUUCCUUGCGGAUCUGAUCUCCCUGGGCGCCAUUGGUGCGCGGACGACAGAGUCUCAGUUGCACCGUGAGCUUGCUUCUGGUCUGUCUUUCCCAAUGGGGUUCAAGAACGGCACGGAUGGUGGACUUACGGUUGCGGUGGAUGCCAUUGGGGCUGCUGCUGCAAAGCACCACUUCAUGGGUGUGACCAAGCAGGGUCUGGCUGCCAUUACCAAGACUGCUGGUAACCCAGACUGCUUCGUCAUUCUCCGAGGCGGAACCAAGGGCACCAACUUCGACAAGGACAAUGUGAAGGCUACGAGGGAAGCUUUGGGCAAGAAGGGCUUCCCAGAGGUCAUGAUGAUCGACUGCUCGCAUGGCAACUCCCUCAAGAACCACAGAAACCAACCCAAAGUCGCACAAACCAUCGGCGAUCAGCUCCGCGAAGGCGAAGACGGCAUUGUCGGCGUCAUGAUCGAAUCCAACAUCCACGAAGGCAACCAAAAGACUCCAGCCACAGGAGGUCUCGCCGCACUCCAGAAAGGCGUCUCCAUCACCGACGCGUGCAUCGACUGGGACACGACGGUCGACGUCCUCGAGCAGCUCGCCGAUGCAGUCCGCGCCAGACGGCAGGUGAAGAGCCAGAAGACCAAUGGCGCCAAUGGCGUGCACUGA